AUGUCGCUCGUCACUGAGAUUGUGUCACGCUUAGACAUCAAUAUCGAUCGACAUCAUUCACAUGCCAUCGAAAAAGUCAACUUGAAUACCCUGAACGAAUUAGCCCCGCAUGGCCAGAAGAUACGAAGUCUUCAAACUACAGCGCGAGCCUUGUCAGUGGACAAUCAUGGGCUGCUCUCUCGGCGCACUUUAUUGCGGCUCCUGAGUCAAGCUCGUACUGACAACUUGUUCUCGUCCCAACAUGAAGAUGGUACUCUCAAGGGGGAAACUUUCGACGAACGGUCUUGGUUCUUGGUUGCCAAAUUUACCACACAGACAUUGGGUACUGUCAUUGGCAUCUUGCUCGAGCAGUCAUCCCUGCUUGGUGCUGAAAUUGAUUAUUGGAACGACGUCCUCGGUUCAAGUGUACACACUGGGUAUUACACCAUCCAAACGGCACCCUCGAGGAUAUGGGAGUGGAUGUGGGAAGUCAUUUCGAAUCUGAAGAGGGCAUCUGCACACGAGAAUUUGACUUCUUUGAGUUCAAUUAAUAGCGAUUGGAGACGUUUCUACCAGCUCGUCCAAAGCAAUAUCCGACAGGGCCUAUUAAAAAACACCAGAAAUACGCUGUCAUCGCCACUUACCCGCUGCAGAUUGCAUAUAAGACAAAACCGCCAAGCUCUAGAAAAGCUCAAGGAUCUGAACGCUAGUGCUAUUGGGAUUCUGCUUGAAGAAUGUCUAACAUUCGCCUGCAAUGAACCACCACCACACACUGACCAAGUAAAAUUCAAUCUGGAUAGGUCUCAUGGAUUAUACAAAACUGUUUUAUUGAUGGAAAAUACUCUUCGAGACCUUUCACAACCCUUAGAGUCGUCCAAGAAUUUUGAAGAAAACAUUUUUCUCGCAACCGACAACGGAUUUCAGGAGAAGCAGCGCUUGCCGUUUGAAGAGCAAUCUGUAGUGGCUGGUGAUGUCGUGGAGAGGUUACUAUACGUGUUGAAGGAUUGUAUCACAGGCAGCCUUGCUUACAAUAAAAGAUAUAUCUGCAAACACGGUCGUCCAUCUAUGCUCUCCCGUUAUUGGUUUCCAACUGCCAUCACGUUGAUGUCACUGAGUACCUCUCUCCGCGUUCUCACAAAUCGCCGAGCCGAGCUACUAGAAUGGGCCUCUGAAUUCGGGGCGACUGUCGUCGACUUCUGGAGAAACUGGGUUUUGCAGCCUGUGGGCAAGCUCAUUGGGACUAUUCGGCACGAUGAGCAAAGCGAAAUUGCGAUUAUGAGUCGAACCAGCCUGGAGGCGGACAGGCAAAGUCUUGAAAGGAUGGUAAUCGAUUUUGUAUCUGACAACAGCUCUCGAAGUCAGAGCGGAAGCCUGCAGCCAGACAUUUCAACUAUCACGGCACAGGUUAGAGAGGGCGACCUUACCCCUGUUUUAAAAUCUUAUGAACGAGAUCUGCGUAAGCCCUUUAUGGGAACGGUUCGGGGUGACCUUGUUCGUGCUCUUCUCAUUCAAAUACAAAAGACGAAAGUGGAUGUGGAAAUAGCUAUGGGGGGUAUUGAUGCCUUGCUCAAGAGCCAGGAACUUGUUUUUGGAUUUAUCGGCCUGACUCCAGGACUGUUGAUAACAUACAGUGGUGUUCGGUGGGUUGCCAGCCUCUUCGAUAGUAGGAAGGGCUUCAGAGUGGGUGUUAAAAAACAACAAUUUAGGAAUUCUGUGCGAAAUAUUGAUCGUAUUCUUGGUGCAUACCCUACCGAUCCCGAUAGUGUUCUAUCUUAUCGGGAUUAUGGACUUUGCAUUUACGAAGCCCAGAUCCUGAAACGAAGGGCUCAAUACACUAUACCCACAUCGUUUCUGCCCAUCUUCAAACAGGAUUUGACGGACCUCACAGAUCUGAGCCAGGGCGUGAGGAGACAACGAAAUGCUCUUCACCGCAUCCAAUGGACCUACUCCAAAUGGAUCUGA